CCUGAGGAACUCGCGGCCGCCGCUUUACUCUUCACCCCGGAAGUAGUUGUGGGCGUUUGUGACCUUCUGUUGGAGUCGCGGAAGGGUCGCUGGUGCCGUCAGUCAAAUUCAAAUGUGAAAAAGGGGAAAGCCUUGACGAGGAGAGAAGGAGAGGGGGGGUUUCAAGGGAAGACAGCCAUUCCGCCAGGCGAGGAGCCCUUGGCCGCCGUGUUGGUGGCAGAGAGUUUGGGGCGGAUUAAAGAUGUUCGCUAAACGGAAAGCGGUGCUGCCCACUCUCACCAUCACAACCACUGUCGGUGAAGGACCGUCCCCAACCAGGGAGGAUAACGCCGAAGCUAACCUAGAAGCCCUGCAAAAGAAGUUGGAGGAGCUUGAGCUUGAUGAGCAGCAGAAAAAGAGACUUGAAGCCUUUCUUACGCAGAAGGCCAAAGUAGGGGAACUGAAAGACGACGAUUUUGAUAAAAUAUGUGAGCUGGGUGCUGGCAACGGUGGCGUUGUUACCAAAGUGCGUCACAAACCAUCAGGACUUAUUAUGGCAAGAAAGCUGAUUCAUUUAGAAAUAAAGCCUGCUAUACGCAAUCAAAUCAUCAGAGAGCUCCAAGUAUUACAUGAAUGUAACUCGCCAUAUAUUGUAGGCUUUUAUGGAGCAUUUUACAGUGAUGGGGAAAUCAGCAUAUGCAUGGAACACAUGGAUGGUGGGUCUCUGGACCAAGUGCUGAAGGAAGCUGGUAGAAUUCCAGAGGAAAUCCUGGGAAAAGUCAGCAUAGCGGUCCUAAGAGGUUUGGCAUAUUUAAGAGAGAAGCAUCAAAUCAUGCACAGAGAUGUGAAGCCAUCCAACAUCUUGGUAAAUUCUCGUGGUGAGAUAAAACUCUGUGAUUUCGGAGUAAGUGGUCAGCUGAUUGACUCAAUGGCAAACUCCUUUGUGGGAACUCGCUCUUACAUGUCUCCAGAGAGAUUGCAAGGUACCCAUUACUCUGUGCAGUCUGAUAUCUGGAGUAUGGGACUUUCUUUGGUAGAGCUGGCAAUUGGUAGAUAUCCCAUUCCCCCUCCUGAUGGGAGGGAGCUGGAGGCCAUCUUUCAGUGCCCGUUGAUGGAUGGAGGAGGAGAAUCGCACAACACUUCACCCAGGGCUAGACCUCCAGGGCGACCCAUCAGUGGACAUGGGAUGGACAGUAGGCCAGCCAUGGCUAUCUUUGAACUUUUGGAUUACAUUGUUAAUGAGCCUCCUCCUAAACUCCCCAUCGGUGUAUUUACACAAGACUUUCAAGAGUUUGUAAAUAAAUGCUUAUUCAAGAAUCCAGCUGACCGAGCAGACUUGAAACUACUUAUGAGCCACUCAUUCAUCAAACGAUCUGAAGAGGAGGAGGUGGACUUUGCUGGCUGGCUGUGUAAAAUUAUGGGGCUGAACCAGCCCAGCACUCCAACACGCACCGCUGUGUGAGGAACAGCCAACAUCCCUCUUUUCCCCCAACCCCACCCUUUGCACAGCUCCUGUCCUUCUCUGCUGUUGUCUAUCAACCACUACUGAUGUGACUGUGGCAUCAAUUGGGACUCUCCCUGCAUUCAGAAACUAAGUGAGGAGUUUUGCAUCAAGGCAGCAUUGGCAGAUUUUUUUUUUGAAAAAGCAUUGUCUUUCUUUAGCUGGUGAAUUAUUCUUUUGGGUUGGGCUCUUUCCUCCCUCCUUAGUGUCAACACCAGUGAUGUUAAAGGUAUGGUGAUUUAUACUCAGCAACGACUUGCCUUUCGGUCAAGAGGGGCAAUUUUUCACUGCCAAAGUGCAAUGAUUAACUUCACAGAUCUAUGUCACGUUUCUGUCACAGGUGCUCUGCGGGACAGUUAAACUUUUCUUUCAGCUUUUUGUUUUGUUCAAAAUGCUUACCAGAGUAAUGCCAUAUGAUUUUAUUUUCACAAAGGGAUGUAAAUUGAAGUGGCACAGUCAAAAUUAUUCAAAGCUCUAAGUAACGGCUAGGUUGUCAUUCCAGGUAAAGUCUGUGUAAGCCAAAUUUAUUCCAAUUGUUCUUACACUUGAGACCCCUGUGGAUACCUAAUUAAUUAAAGUUUUAAGCAGAUGAGUAUCUUUAAGUUAGCUGAUAUUUUCAGAUUAUUGGUUCCUGUAGUCACGCAUUCAUCCAUAAUCAAGCCACUGAGUAAUUCAAUUCCUUGUUUUGUGUUUUUCUCACAUCACUUCCACAGACACAUUUGAAGGGAGCUGCCAUAGUGGGCACCUGUGUGUUUUUGUUUAAAUGACUGAAAUGUCUUUUGUUGGAGCAAAUUUCUCAAAUGCAUGACUGACCAUGGGUGGAUAUUUUGUUCAGUAAAAAGGUGCAUGCUAUAUUUAAAGAAGAUAUUACCUUAACUGUGUUUCUCUUUUACAUGUUUAAUAAGGGUGCCUUGUGGUUUUUAUCCAAAUGGAAUCAUUGGUAUUAUUCUGGCAGUUUAAAGUAUUGAACUAAGUAAGUGGCAGUUCACCAGAAUGACUCUUCUGCUAUAUUAAUCAGUGACCAGCUUUGGGCAUUCAUUCUCCAUUAAAACAUCUGAAGAUUUAUAGGUGUUUCCAGGUAGGCAACAGAGUGAAUACAAUUACAAUUUCUUGGCAUUACAAGAGUAAUUCAAUAAUGCACUUGAAAGGGUAGGAGUACCAGUCCCUUGGGAUUAUUGGUGUGGGGUUAGUAAUUGGCUAGAGUGAGUAGGAGUGCCAAUCCCUUUUCUGCAACUAGUUUAAUUUUUCAAAAUGGACUUCAAAAAGACUUCCUUUUACUUUGUAGUAACUUGGAAGUGUCAGGGUCACCCUGCAUAUUUCAUUGUUGUACUAUUCAGCACUUUCGUUUACUACUUUCAACGAUUCCACUAAUCCUAUAAAAAAUUGGAAUUAGUUUUAAGUGGCUGAUGAAUUCACUUUCUUCUGACAGUUCUGAGUUGGCUGAGAGAUUAUUGGUGAGUUUUGAAUCAGAAUUUUGAUCCUUCUCCACAACAAUUCACCCACUUUGCACAUUGUGAUUGCAGUAUCUGCAGCAAAGAGCAGUGAAAGAUUUGAUAGUGCUAAACUGGUUAGACAGGUUUAAAACAAAUUUGCAAAGGAUUUGCAAUCAUGGAAAUACAGUCAAUUAAAUUUGAUUUUGUCCUCCUCUUUAAUGUGGCACUUGGUUCUCCUGACCAUUUAGUCAUGUUGAGUUUGAAAGCAGUUUGUGGGGAAUUCAGUUUCUGAAAUCAGCUAAAGGAAGGCACUGUUUUCUUUUUCGAUCCAACCUGUUUUUCCUGAGUUGUAAAAUGUUUAGGCUUCCUAGUUUUUGUACAAAAAGCAAAAAAAAAGUUUUACUUGUGUUUCUGUUCUUAAUUCUGAUGUUUAGUUCACUUUUUAAAAUGCUUUUAAUUUGCUGCUUCACUGCAAGAUAUGGUUUGUAAGCCAGGGAAGAGUUUGCUUCUGAAGAAUAGGGGUUUGAUCUUUGCGAGCACUGGCUUUCCAAAUAGUCUGUUACCAUUGCGGGUAAAUUGUGUAAAACAUACUGUGACGUUCCCCUGACUUGCAGCAUUUACUUCAGCCCCUAGUCAAGAAACCUGUCUGCUGGUUUUCAGGCUUACUACGGUAAAUCCUUCUUAUAGUUUUAUGUACUGUAUUAAUCUGAAAUCUCCUAAAUGAGACAAAAUCUAGUUUGUUUGUGAAGUAUAUGAUUCACAAUUUAGUGCUGCUUAGAGUUGUGCACUUGUGGUGCUCAGUUUGGUUCAAGAAUAUUCUUGUUGGUCGCUGUAGACCCAAUAGCUUGUUAAUUAACAAUUUUGCAGAUGCAAUAUAAUUGGCCAAGUAGUGACCAUUUUAACUCCUAAGCACUCCAAGGGGCCAGUCAACCAAAGUAAUGCAUACAAUUAUCACCACUUACAGGAAGAAAAGUCAACUCUUAACACUGGGCAAGAAUUGUAUAGAUGGAAAAUUCCAAGCAAUGGGAGUAAUGCUGAUACCCAAACCCUUUAGUUUUAUGGGCCAUUAUGCCUAUUGGAGUAUACCUUCUCUAGUUUCAUUCUUUUAACUAGAACACAUUACUUUUCAUGAUUCUGAAUCAUAUUAAUAUUCUGUUUUCAACUUGGGCUGAAUGAAGUCAGUUGUGAAACAAAAAAUGCCAAGUUCUUAGAAUCUUUCACACACUUCAAAGAAAAACUACUCUCAAAAUUACUUGUAGGUUGUGUCUCGCUUAACAAUUUUGUGACUGAACUGUACAGCGGGCCAAGUGCUUUUGAGGCAAACUGAACCCUAAAUGUACUUCUCGGGGAUUAUGAAUCUGUUUCAAAGUGCCUGGGGGAAAAUAAUGAACUUAAUUUAAAAAAAUAAGUUCGAUCUACUGAGGCGUCGAAGGUAAAAGAAACGCACUGUGAUUAGAAUAACGGAGUUGAGUUUUGUGCUGGGAUAUCACUUCUUUGUGUUGUGCUCCGUAUAGUUGUCUAUGGAUUGCCCAUGCCUAUGCCAUUAAAUAAAAGAUACAUGUAAGCUGUUACUGUUAAGGCACUGGUGCAUAUUGGUGUAUGUCACUGUAUCGGGUUUAUAAUGUUGUGUUCAUGCACUUGUUCCCUUUUGUGAAGCCUGUGGGCAUCUUGUGCUACUGGUUGUGGUUAGCUCUUUUUAAAAACAGUGUCACUUUGUGAUGUGCAAAAUAGAUUUGGCUUCUUACAAAAAAUAAUCACCAGUAGCACGAGUUCUAUUCUGAUUGUUUUUAGCUUUUUUUUCUUAAGAUUUUGCCAAGCAAAUGAUGUGGACUGAAUGUAUAAUUUAAUCAUUUGUUGCAAAAAGUUAUUAAAACUGAAGUGACAAUU